CACACUCCUUGUUUGUUUGGUUUGUGACUAGGAACUUGGGAAGUGGAAAUAUUUGAUAGAUAGCUCAAACAACUAUAAUGACUGAGCCUGCAUUCUCGAAUUGUUCGAGCUAAUGGAGGAAACGCUCCAUAGCCUUGUUUCGCUAUGCGUUUCCAAAUAUGGCAAAGAAGUGUGUGUUGUGUACGACGACGGAGAAGGAGACAACGCUGUUGGUUUGAAAGUAAACGCUGAAAAUGGUGACAAAACAAUAACAUGUCAAGUCCUCCAAGGAGCUGGAGUUCUUGGAGGCAGUGGGCAAGUUAACACUUCUAACAAGACACACAAGACAAGUCUCACAUAUUCUGAGUUUUGGUCAAUUGUUGAACAGUUCGCAGAUACUCUGUCACAUUUGCCCCAGAGGAAUCAAGUGAUCGCUGUCCUUCUCAAAAAUGACAUCAACUUGCCUGCCGUCCUUACUGGGAUUCUGCUGAGUGGGAAUUCGUUUUAUCCCCUGAGUCUGGACGGUUCAAGGUACACUGCAUCUGCUCUGAGCAAAGUAGGGGUUACGUGUAUCAUAAGCCACAAAGAAUUUGUUGGGGAUUUGACAGAACUUUUGGAUCAGUCAGAAUGGACAUGGGUUUCGUCUCAACUCAGCGCUUUCACCCUUGGAGAUCUGCUUUUAAUCCAACUGGACAAUGUUGGUGCUAAAGCUGACCGAGUCUGGCCACACCUGGCAUACUGCAUCAGUACCUCUGGGACCACCAGCUCACCGAAAGUGGUGCGGGUGCCUCACAGUUGCAUUGUGCCUAACAUUGUUCAUCUCGGUGAAAUCCUUGACCUCGGACCCAAGGACAGAGUCCUGCUGACAGCACCACUCACCUUUGACCCCAGCCUGGUGGACAUCUUCUGCACUUUGAUCCGUGGGGCUUGCCUGGUCAUCGUGCCUCGAGAGGUCAAACAGAGGCCUGACCGUCUGCUUGAUGUUUUACACACUAGACAGAGAGUCACAUGCAUGCAGGCAACUCCUUCGCUCAUGCGAAGAUUUUCAUCUGAAAAAUUGCGGUCUACCAUCCUAGGCCCACAGACCUGGCUACGUGUGCUUGCUCUGGGCGGAGAACAGUUUCCUUCCGGAGCGGAGCUGAAAAGAUGGCUGCACCCAGACAACCAAAGGACAAAGUUUUUGAAUCUUUACGGGAUCACUGAAGUCUCCUGCUGGGCUUCUUGUCACUCGCUGGAAGUGGAGAAAUAUUUAGACGGAGGCAGCCAGGUUCCCAUUGGACGGCCACUUGACCAGACACUGAUCAAAGUAGAACACACUGGUGAAAAGUUCAUGGAGAAUGGAACAGCAGACGGAGACAUUUUCAUUGGCAGUGGUGAACGAGUGUGUUUUGUCGACGAUGAGAUCACUCCGAGGGAACAUGAACCUGGAAAGAUUGUGUGGAGGAAGACAGGGGACCAUGGACGGCUUUUGCCUGAUGGAAGCAUUGUUUGUUUGGGACGCAGUGAUGACCAGAUUAAGCGGCAGGGAAAAAGAAUGAAUCUGGAUGUGCUUGCUCAGGUGUGCAAAGAACUUCCUUGGGUUCUUGACUGCACAGCCAUUGCUGCUGAGGACAAACUGAAAGUUUUCAUAGUUUUGGAUACGUUAUAUGAGAAGCAAAUAGGAGAUGAAAUAAGCAGCACUUCCCAGAUGGAUGAACCUUCAAGUGGCAGCAAAAGUACCAACUCAUGGCACAAGUUGGAAAACAUUUUAGUGAAACACCUCGGAGAAUCAUUGCCAGCCUGUUACCGACCAGAUCAGUUUGUGUGGACGACUUUUUCAUUUCCUGUAACUGCUCAUGGCAAACUGGACAAAAAAGCUCUGAUGUCCAUGGCCGGGGGUCAGUUAUCAGUGGACACGGCGUCUGUGUGGGAGGACCCGCUGACGUGGUCCAGGACAUUGUGGGCUUCUCACCUUCCCAAGCAAGUUAAAGAUAUCCGAACAAGUGACACAUUUAUAAACCUGGGCGGAGAUUCUUUGGCUGUCACACGUCUGGUCAACACCCUGGAGCUGCUGUUCUCGGACCUGACCGCCGAUUGGUUUGACCUUCUGCUCAAUAAAAGAUUUGGUGCCUUUGUAGAAGAGCUCCAGUCCUUGGUGCGUCAUUCUUCCAGGAAAAUUGUCGGUCAAAUCCACUCCUCUGGGUCGGUUGAAUUUUGUGAUUUAGGGACAGAAAAAGAAGCCAGUGCUUACGAUAGCGGUAUCUCACUCAAGCCAGAGAGGAAAAAAGUUAGGCUACAGAUAUCGGAGUCUUUGGAUGUUAAUCGCAAGUCUGUGGAUGUCGAUAACAGCCAUGUUUUCCGGGAAACCUCUUCCAACUCACCUGAAGAAUGCAAGCGGAAUGGUCUUACUGCUGAAAAAGGCUUGGGACUUGCUUCAAAUCAGAGCAAACCAGUGAAGACAGUUUCUCGAGGAAACAAAUCUGUGUUGAUAUCGAAUCAUCCAGACCCACGCUCUAGCUCAAUGACUUCUGUACCAUGUGACUCGUCGUCUGUACACGAGCCUGAUUUGCUACGGGCUUGUGCAGCGUCUCAUCAUACUACCCAUAAUUCCUUGAGUGUAGAUCAAAGAGCUAAUGGGGAUGCGGAAGAUAAAGAAACCUUUCGAGCAAGCUUAAAGUGGAAAUUUGACACCAAAAAGUGUGUGGAUGCCUCACCUCUCCUGGUGGUAUUUGAUCACUGCGCUCUGGCUUUGAUUGGCUCCCACUCCGGUCAGUUCUCUGCCAUAGACCUGGACACUGGUCAAGAGCUGUGGUCAGUCACUCUCCCUGAUCGUAUCGAGUCUUCUGCCGGCAGCUCGCUAGAUGGCAAGUUUAUCAUUGUGGGUUGUUAUGACGGCAAGAUCUACACCCUUGAGGCUUUGUCAGGCACUGUUGUGUGGGAGUUUACCACAGGGGAUAUGGUCAAGUGCUGCCCAGUGGUCAGUGAGUCCACAGGCCGAGUGCUGUGUGGCUCUCAUGACGGUCACCUCUACUGCCUCGAUGUUCUGAGACAGCAGUGUGUGUGGCGUCACCGAGUAGACGGAGGCAGCAUCUUCUCCUCCCCUGCCGUAGACGACGACCUGUCCGUGGUGUAUGUCGCGUCUCUGCGGGGAAAUCUACAUGCUGUUUCUAGGGAUUCCGGUUUUGUCAAGUGGACUGUGGCCCUGAAGAAGCCUGUGUUCUCGUCCUUGGCGUUGCUGAGUCAUUCCGUUCUGGCGGGCUGUGUGGACGGUACUCUAUACUGUGUGCAAGACACAGGGCACAUGUUAUGGACGUUCUCAACGGCUGCCCCAAUCUUCUCCACUCCCGUAAUACACAACUCAUCCAUUUUCCUCGCGUCUCACGACCGGAACAUUUACCGCCUCAGUGUAGACGGACAGCUUCUGUGGAGACACCUCAUGCCUGCCACAGUGUACGCCACCGUCUUCCCCUGUGAGAUUUCCAGUUUUGCUCAUCGUCAAGUCGUCUAUAGUUCCAAAUUUCAGAGAAAUGACUCUAAGUCAGUGGGGAGACAAACUCUAAAUGAAUCUCAAGAGUCUUUCUCGUGUGGGCCUAAGAGUAUGGAAAGGGAUCUAAAUAGUUCAGAUGUUCCCUGUUCUGCUGAUCUACUAAAUGAAAAUCCUUCGGUUGUGAGUCCUAAUAGUGCGAGAUCUGAGCAUAAAUUUUUCAAGGGAUGUGAUACCUUGGACAAUAAAGUCAUUUUGAAUUCCCAGUCCACUUCCUUGGAUGAAUUGUGCACAGAAGUUCUAAUCACGGCAAGUACAGACGGCACUGUUCACCUCUUAGACUCAGAAUCUGGCGUUUUGCUGAGCAGCUUGAACUUGCCAGGUCAGGUGUUCUCAUCCCCGGUCUCAUUCAACGGAAAAGUUGUUGUUGGCUGUCGGGACAACUUUGUUUACUGCUUUGACUUUUUGUGAUACGAAAUUGUAAAUGUGGACUCUUCGUGUUGAGGAAAGCAAAAGUUGGGUGUGUGUUAAACUUGUGAAAAGUCUGAUGCGACUGAGAUAAAUUGUUUUCCCUAUGUAUGUUCCCAUGUAUGUAAAUGACAUAAAUUAAACUUUUUGCUGCACAACAAA